UCUGCUCUCUGCACUCGACGGCCAUAUUGCUUGUGCACAAAGUUUUCUUCAAUAAACCUGGUGUCUGUCUGUCUCACGGUGAAUCGAAGAAGAAGAAGAAGAAGAAGAAGAAGAGAGAGAAUGGAAUCCCCAAAGACAAUAGAGCACGAAAUCGGAGGGGUGAAAAAUGAUGCACUUCGAUUUGGACUUCAUGGCGUAAAGAGCGACAUCGUUGGAUCUCAUCCCCUCGAAUCUGAAUAUCAAUCGACAAGGAUGAGGCAAGAGGAUAUGAAGAGGAAGAUCCUUGUGAACACUUACGGCUCGGCUUUUCCUUUGAGGAUGGAGCUCGAUCGCCAAAUUCUUUCCAGAUUUCAGAGGCCUGUAGGAGGGAUACCAUCUUCCAUGCUGGGAUUGGAGGCAAUGACAGGAGCUUUGGAGGACUUUGGUUUUGAAGAUUACCUUAAUGAUCCACGUGACUCUGAAACCUUCCGCCCAGAUGACCUGCAUCAUGGAAUGGAAGUUCGUCUUGGGCUGUCCAAGGGACCGAUCUGUCCCAGUUUCAUAUGAAGUGUCCAUCCUGAUAAAGGAAUUCAAGUCGCUUUUUCUUAUGCUGCUACAAUGAUCUUUGUUUUCCUUCAAAUGUAUUGUUGUUGAAUUGGGAUGCUUAAGACUUACGAAGAUGAAAAUUGCUGCUAAGGAUGUAUUGGAUUACUUAUCUCUGUUAGUGAUUUUGUUUUGAUCCUUAAUCAAUGCAGCAAAGGCCCUUGAAAUUUAUCUCCUAGUUGUUAUGGUCUGCUAAUUAAUUGGCUUGAUCCCAUAAAAUAAUCCUGAAAUCACUUUCUUUAGGAUGUUUUGCUGUGUUUUGCAGUGCUUGUUCAGGUGCCCGGUGUUUUUCUUAUAUAUGUAGUUUUUAGAAUGGG